CUCUACUAUGUUGACGCAGGCUUGACGCUAGUCUACCCGCUAACAUUCAGACGGCUGAAGCACGAGUGUUCUUCUUUUGUCAAUAAUCGAUAAGUUAUCGGGAUAUUCCGGUUCCGGGGGGCCUUUGGUCGCGGAGGGUUUUCUGGGCUCCACAAUGACGGCCCCUGUUUGCGCUGCCGGACAUUUUAAUCUGUGAAAAACGCAAAGAAAGGUGGAGUCGUCGCCCCCCCAGAUGUGGCCUCCACCUGUGCUCAGGCUGCUGAUGAUGCGCGGCGGGGCCGCUCUGAUUGGUCGGCUGGGCCUGCGGCGAUGACGGCCCGUCGGAGACCUCAGGAUAAACGCUGGUCUUUUUCUUCUUCUUUAAUCGAGGGACGUGUUUGUGGACGCCAUGAGCUCGGAGGGCUUCCAGUACCGAGCGCUGUACGACUACAAGAAGGAGCGCGAGGAGGACAUCGACCUGCGGGUGGGCGACAUGCUGCUGGUCAGCAGGGGGGCGCUCCUCGCCCUCGGCUGCGUCGGGGGGGCCGAGGAGCGGCCGUCGGAGAUCGGCUGGCUGCCGGGGGUCAACGAGACCACGCAGGAGAAAGGCGACUUCCCGGGGACCUACGUGGAGUUCAUUGGUCGGAAGAGGAUGUCGCCGCCCACACCCAAGCCCCGCCCCCAAAGGCCGGCGUCCGCGGCGUCCGUGAGGACGGACUCUGAGUCGGAGGGAUUCAUGAUGCCGGACCUGCCCGAACAGUUUGGACCCCCCGACUCUGCUCCGCCCCUCCUCACCCGGCUGAUGGAGGCCAUCGAGGCCAAAGCUCUUUGUGUCCUUGGUGUCUCCGUUGAAGGUCUGGAGAACCUCGGUGUGUAUCGCAGUCUGAGCGGAGGAGGACUGGACACCAGACAGCUGGCCGACGCAGACCUGGAGCAGCUGGAGGUGUCGUCCCUGUGUGACGGAGUGAUCCGGUUCCUGCAGGAUCUUCCUGGUCCCGUCCUGCCGACCUCGCUGCAGACCGACAUGAUUCACGCGGUGCAAGAGGUCCGUGACCUGGAGGAAUGCGCCCAGCUGCUGAGGGGCGUGGCCAGUUCGCCCAGUUUCCCCGCCCAGUACGGUCUGACCCUGCUCAGCGUGGUCCGGCACCUGGCCCGGCUCUGCCUGAACGGGUCCAGAACCCAGCUCAGCCCUCGGAGCCUGGCGGAGAGCUUCAGCCCUGUUCUCUUCAGACCGGCUGCAGGGUCCGAGCCCAGUCUGGAUCCUCUGGUCCAGGUCCUGGAGGUUCUGAUCACCAGCGAGCUCAACAUGAUCCAGGCAGCACCAGCGCUGCCUCCUAAACCCAUAAAGUCUUCAUCUCCAGCUGCGUCCUGCAGCUUCAACAACAGCAUCUCCCUGCAGGACGCAGAGUGGUACUGGGGAGACAUCUCCAGAGAGGAGGUGAAUGAGAAGCUGAGGGACACAGCUGACGGUACGUUCCUGGUUCGAGACGCUUCCACUAAGAUGCAUGGAGAUUACACUCUGACUCUCAGGAAAGGAGGCAACAACAAGCUGAUAAAGAUCUUCCAUCGAGAGGGAAAGUAUGGCUUCUCUGACCCGUUGACCUUCAGCUCGGUGGUGGAGCUGAUCAACCAUUACCGCCACGAGUCCCUGGCCCAGUACAACCCCAAACUGGACGUCAAGCUGCUGUACCCGGUCUCCAGACACCAGCAGGACCAAGUUGUGAAGGAGGACAGCAUCGAAGCUGUGGGGAAGAAGCUCCACGAGUAUCACCUGCAGUUCCAGGAGAAGAAUCGAGAGUACGACCGGCUGUACGAGGAGUACACGAGAACCUCACAGGAGAUCCAGAUGAAGCGGACAGCCAUCGAGGCCUUCAAUGAGACCAUCAAGAUCUUUGAGGAGCAGUGUCAGACCCAGGAGCGUUUCAGUAAGGAGUACAUCGAGAAGUUUCGGCGAGAGGGCAACGACAAGGAGAUCCAGAGGAUCAUGGAGAACUACGACAAGCUGAAGUCUCGUAUCAGCGAGAUCGUGGACAGCAAGCGGCACCUGGAGGUGGACCUGAAGAAGCAGGCCGCCGACUACCGGGAGAUCGACAAGAAGAUGAACAGCAUCAAGCCGGACCUGAUCCAGCUCCGCAAGACCAGGGACCAGUACCUCCUGUGGCUGACUCAGAAGGGCGUCCGUCAGAGGAAGCUCAACGAGUGGCUCGGCCUGAAGAACGAAGCCAUAGAGGACGAGUACAGCAUGGUGGAGGAUGAGGAGGACCUUCCUCACCACGACGAGCGCUUGUGGCGUCUGGGAAACAUCAACCGGCUUCAGGCGGAGUCUCUGCUGCGCGGGAAGAGAGACGGAAGCUUCCUGGUCCGCGACAGCAGCAAAGCGGGCUGCUACGCCUGCUCCGUGGUGGUGGACGGAGAGGUGAAGCACUGCGUCAUCAACAAGACCAGCACCGGCUUCGGUUUCGCCGAGCCGUACAACCUGUACGGGUCCCUGAAGGAGCUGGUCCUCCACUACCAGCACACCUCGCUGGUCCAGCACAACGACUCGCUCAACGUCACGCUGGCCUUCCCCGUCUACAGCCAGCCCAGGCGCUGACCCCCGACCCCCGACCCCCGACCCCCGCGGAUGAGUCAUCGUCGUCCAGGUCGUCACGCGGAGCUUCAAAAAGACAACGCUUUACUUUGGUUCUGAGGCGUUCAGGGACUCUGAGAAAGUCAGGAAAGUUCCCACCUGCGUUGGUCUUCGGUUUUUAAUAAUCAACAUGGCGCCAUGUUUGUUUACAAAAAGUCACUGGUGAUCUCAUGAGAGGGAGAUGAAGAAGGACCUGAACACCUCAGGUGCGUUCAGGUUCUCCGCCCUCGUGAACACCGGCUUGUUCACCUGCGUGUGCGUCGCCACGGUUACCUAAGCCUCCAAAGUCAGAGGUCACGUGACCUCCCGUUUCUUCAGGGUUAUUGUGGUUUUGUGGACGGAUGAUUCUUUAAUUCUUCCUCUUUUUUAAAUACACGCGUUUGCUUCUACAAACAUCUGCAUCGUGGAUGUUCCUCUGUUCUUCUGUUCUUCUGGACUCGUGGUCCAGGAGCCGCUGGGUCCAAGUAUUUCACUGUUUCUACACUACUCUUAUUUCUAAAUGUAAAUGUUUCGUUAUUAUCUAACUAUUCCAGAGAAGUAUUUUUUUUUCAUUCAUGGAGACAAAUAUUCAUCUCCAGAUGUUUCUGUUUUAUUAAUUGGUGCAUUUCAUUGCUUAUGAACAAGUUUUAUCUUUAACAGGAUCUUUUUUUCUUAAGCUAAUCUUAGGAUGUCAUUUUAAGAAUUUUCACUAGAAUCUUGAUGAAUUAAACAUUGUUUCAUGAACGCAGGAUGUUUUCUAAUAAAAACAUUUUAAUAGUUCUGCAGAAAAUCAAUUUAUUAAAAGAUCGUUACACACAUUCAGUAAUUUUUAUAAAUAAUUUGCUUUAAUGAAUUUUAUCAUAGAUCGUUUGGGUUUGAUUCUCCUUUAAUAAUUAACAUCUAAAGCUCAAGGGGCCUCGUGUUGCGUCUGAGGGACACGACACGUCUUCACGUUGCGUCCUUUGAGGAAACAUCUGAGCCUCCAUUAACUCAUUUGUGUUUGAUUUUGAAAUGUUUUAUUUCACCACUGUUUUUUCUUUAAUUUAUUAACUUUAUACUUGACUGUUUUUCAUUAAUAAAACCUCUGAGGCUCGUA